AUGCCCCGUAGCGUAGUGAGGGUCAGGAGGUCGUCGUCAACCGAUCCACUAUCUCCACCCACACUUCUGGCCCGAAUCUGGCACUUCUUUACCGGUAAUGAAAGAUGGACGAGUUAUCACAUCUCUGUUUUCUUCAUCACGUUUUUCAGUUUUGCAUUUAUUCACGCUACUCGAAAGACGCUUUCUACAGUCAAAUCAUCAAUGAUACAUGUGUGGGUCGUUAACUCGUCGGAUUCAUCGUUGUUUCCAACUAAACAAGCAGCUGAAGAAUUCCUGGCCUUCUUGGACUUUGGCUUCUUGGUGGCUUAUGCUGUUGGUCUAUUUUUUGGCGGAAUCCUCGGUGAUCGCUAUAACCCACGAAUUGUGCUUUCAAUAGGAAUGUGGUUGUCGGCAACGACUGCAUUUUUCUUUGGCUUCAUGACGGAACAAUAUCACAUAUACAACAAAGUGCUUUAUGCGAUUCUUUGGAUUAGCGGCGGAUUAUUUCAAAGUGUCGCAUGGCCAACGGAGGUUUGUAUCAUGGGUAAUUGGUUUGGGCACGCUUCACGUGGAAUUGUGAUGGGAUUAUGGAGUGGCUGCGCGAGUGUUGGAAACAUUAUUGGGACAAUUAUCACCAGUCAAGUUGUGCCACUAGGAUACCAGUGGGCAUUCGCUGUCAAUUCAUCAAUUCUCUUCUUUUUCGCGUUUGUUGUCUUUUGGCAUCUCGUCCCUGCUCCUCGGCUUGUAGGUUUGCCAGAACCUACAGAAACUCCAGAUGAAAGAAAUCGAGUUAUUGAAGAAAGCAGUGAACGACCAAAACCGAUCUCAUUUUGGAGAGCUUGGUUUCUUCCAGGUGUAAUUCCGUUUUCUCUUUCUUAUGCAUGCCUCAAAAUGGUCAACUAUGGGUUUUUCUUCUGGUUACCUAUGUACUUGCAAACGUUGAAAAUGUCAGAAGCGGAUGCCGAUAAAUUAUCGAUGUGGUACGACGUAGGUGGAAUCAUCUCGGCCAUCGUUGCAGGAGCUGUUUCGGAUCACUACAAAUCAAGAACACCAAUUGUUGUGGGGAUGCUAGUGUGUGGAAUUUUUUCACUUUGGGGAUAUUCCAAAAGCCCACCAGACUUCUAUAUUAAUGGUUGUAUGUUGGCGAUUGCGGGCUUUUUCGUUGGUGGGCCGGCGAACAUGAUCUCGGGAGCCAUCUCAGCAGACUUGGGAAAAGCGCGCGAAAUUCGUGGCAACGCCGAAGCGUUGUCUACGGUGACUGGAAUAGUGGAUGGGACGGGCUCAGUUGGCGCUGCAUUGGGACAACUUCUCAUUCCAUCGGUGGAAUUGUGGUUCGGAUGGACUUUUAUCUUCUAUGGCUUUAUAAUUAUGUUAAUUCUGACGAUUGUGUGCAUCUUACCUUUAUUUAUGCGAGAAGUACGAGCUUGGCAUACGGCCAGAAAUGAAAGAAACACUAAUUCGGAGCAAGAAGGGUUAUUGCAGGAGGAUAAUAACUACGAGGGUAAUCACGAACAUCUGGCU